AUUAAUAAGUCUAUCCCUGUUACCUUUUACACUUUCUGAGAAUACUGUCUAGUUUUCUGACUUUUAGUUGUCGAUAAAAGUUAUUGCAUCAAAUAUUUUUUUUGCAAAAACCUGCAUAAAAACCCAUAAAUAUGUUUCGUUCAGCUGUUACACAACUAGCAGGGGUAAUGCGAGGACCUUUGGGCUUCAAUGCAGCUCGCACCACUGUUGUUAACUCAGUUAGAGCAUCUCACGGACAUGCUGAAAGUGAUGAGGAUUUCGAUAGACGUUACGAGGAUUACUUCAAUAGAAAAGAUAUUGAUGGAUGGGAAAUUCGCAGGGGCAUGAAUGAUGUCUUAGGAAUGGAUUUAAUACCAGAUCCAAAAAUCAUUAUUGCUGGUCUCAAAGCUGCCCGUCGUGUCAACGAUUAUGCUUUAGCUGUAAGGUGGCUUGAAGGUUGCAAGGACAAGUGUGGGGAUAAAAAAGCUGAAAUUUAUCCAUAUCUUUUGAAUGAGAUUCGACCAACAUUAACAGAAUUAGGUGUGCUCACACCAGAAGAAAUGGGUUACGAUCAACCAGAAUUAGCUUUAAAAUCUGUUUAUGAUAUGUAAAAAAUGAUUGAGUAAGAUUAAAAUCUUAUUAAAAGCACUUAUGUAAUCAAUAAAAAUUAGUCAAAGAAACGACAUUGAGGUUAGAAAAUUUAUAUAUGUAUACUGACAAAGAACGAGUCAAAUAAAAUUAAAUGUUUAAAACAUA